AAAAGUUACUGCAGAUAACAAAGGCGGCGCCGGCGAGGUAUCCCAGAGACCCAGUCCUGCAGGGAAGCGGGUUCACAGUCUCCGUCCGCAACGCGCGUUGGAUGCGUCGGGACCGGGAGCAGCGUAGGGGCCCGAGGGACCCAUCCGGACCCAGCCCGCCAGUCAAGCCAUGGCGCCCUCCGGGCUCCUCGUGACUGGAGCCUCCUUCGCCGCCUUCCGGGGGAUGCACUGGGGGCUGCAGCUGCUGCCCACGCCAAGAUCCGCUGCUCAGGACCGUUGGAAGUGGCGGAACACUUGUGUCUCCCUGGUGCACAGUCUGCUCACAGGAACCGGGGCGCUGCUCGGGCUGUCGCUGUACCCUCAGAUGGCUGCCGACCCCAUUCAUGGCCACCCGCCCUGGGCCCUGGUGCUGGUGGCUAUAUCUGUGGGUUAUUUCCUGGCUGAUGGAGCUGACAUGCUGUGGAACCAGACCUUGGGCCAGGCCUGGGAACUUCUCUGUCACCAUUUGGUGGUAGUGAGCUGCCUCAGUACUGCCAUUCUGUCCAGCCACUAUGUGGGCUUCUCUGUGGUGUCUCUGCUCCUGGAGCUGAACUCCGUCUGCCUGCACCUAAGAGAGUUGCUGCUGCUGUCUCGACAGGUCCCAUCCUUGGCCUUCACUGUAGCCAGCUGGUCCACCCUGGCCACCCUGGCCCUCUUCCGCCUGGUGCCACUGGGGUGGAUGAGUCUGUGGUUGAUCCGGCAGCACCACCAGGUGCCUCCGGCUCUGGUUGUUCUCGGGGGAACUGGGCUGGUCACUGUGGGUACCAUGAGCGUCAUACUGGGGGUCCGUAUUUUGGUUAGUGAUGUCCUGCAGUCUCAGCCCCACUCACCUAUCCCUGGUCACAAGGAAACUAGGAAUACCAGGACAUGUUGUGAUGGUGAGCCUGUCCUUAGGGAUGAUCCCACUCUCAGCUUGAAAGACUAGAGAGAAGCCUCAGGUUCCUCUUCUGCCAGUCUUGAAGGAGGUAAGACCAGGAAAAGAAGAUGGUGGUCUCCAAUGCACAACCCCCAACUAGUGGAAGGACUGGACUGGAUUUUCAGGAUCUCGGUUCUUCUUCCAGCUAACUCACACCUCUCCCCCAUUCCGAGGAUCUCAGAAUAAAUGCUGAUGUUCAUGGGUAGGAAUCGGGGCUAUUGUUCACUGAAUUUCAUCAUCAGAUGACUAUCCUUUGCAGCAAACUAACUCAAAAGAUACAGCCAGUAAGCUACCAGUAAGGGUGGCAGGAGGCAUGAAACUGGACAAAACUGCCAAUGGAAACAGAAACCCUUUGCUUUAGAUGAGGAAAGGUGAAGUCUUACUAGUAGGAUUCAAGAAAUCUGGUAUGGAGUGGGUGAGAUCAGAGAAACCUCACCUAUGACCAAAUUCUGGCAGUGGGAGGAGAAUACAACAGGUGCUUUCUGUAGCCAAUUGAUAUGUAGACAUAACAGUUGCCAAGAGACCGAGGAACCUGGGCCAUAGUGAUUGUUGCUACCUGGUUCUCAUAGCCCCACUGUUGUGUUUGUACUUAACCCGAAUCCUUCUGUGUCCAUCAUCUGCCUUUUUAUAUUUUUUUAGUAUCUUCUGACCUUUUUAAAGAAAAGGCAUAUUCUUAGAGACAUAAACAUGGAGAUAGGUCUGUCUUCUUAGGACAGUACUAAAGUCCAGAGCCAUAAUAAGGCCUCAAACACCCAUCCUGGAUAUGCAAUGUAGGGUCUUCCCAGGCUCAGGUUUUCAUGGAAGAAUGAAGCAGAGGCAGAAGCAUUUGAGGGAAGGCUUCCAUUUGGCUACAGAGGGAUUAAGCAAUAUAUGACUCUCUUCUAGGAGUCAUUCACAAGCUCUCCUUUCUCCCCUGCUGCUUCUGCUGAUUUUUUUUUCCUAUUGCACAAGACCCCUCCCUUCUUCAGACAGACCAUCCAGGUUAUGGGAAGGGUAAAAUGGAUUACGGUUGCUAUUCCACUAAACAAUUGACAGAGAGGGGUAACCCAUAGUGAUCCACAGAAAAGAUACAUGAGCAAAAGGAAGAGACAGCAAGAUUUUUUUAAAAAUCCUGCCAAAAAGCUGAGCUAGAGAAAGGCAAAGGGGGUGUUAGAGACAGACAUACAUAGAUUGAGGGACAGAUAGAAAGAGAAGGAUUAGUUGCAUAGAAGAGACAAAGGCAAAGAGAGAUGAAGUGCAAGACAGAGACUCCUUGGCAGAAAUAUCAAGAAAGAUGGUUAUAGAAGCUGAGAGAAAUCAAAAUCAUAGAAUUGGUAAAAUGGUCAUAAAGAGGACAAAAAAAAAAAAAAGAAAGAAAAGCUGACAGAAAGGGACCCCAAAGGUGGAAGGCACAGAUAGUCUAGACAGUGAUUUAGUGAGAGUGAGUGACAGGGAAGAACAACCAGACUCACGAGAGAGGGUGGUAAUAAGUGGCAGACUGAGAGACUGUCAGAGAAAGAGAAAAGAGAGGUGGAAAGAGAGAUGGGGUGGGGGGGAUUCAUCAGGGGAGCUGAUAAGCGGAAGAGCAGAAGGUGGAGGAGGCAGUCAACGGAAAGAUUUAUUGACAGAAAAAGAAAGCAGGAAAUAUGUGGAGUUGGAGACAGGCAAAAACACAAAGGACAAGCAGCUAAAGAGCAAAACACAAAAACAGAGACUGACAGGAACUGAUAGGCAGAGACUGGUAGGAAAAUGAGGAAAAGUCAGAAUGAGGGAUGUACAUUGAGAUAGAAGAAUGGACAAAGGGACUGUGGAGAAUCACAGAGAGGGGGCGGAGAGAAUGAGUAAAUAAACAUCCAAAGGAAGGUACAAGAAAAUGAAGGUAACGCAGAAAAGGAGAGAGAAAAAUAAUAAUAAAUAUAGGGGGGGAAUGAGAGAGGGAUUGUGAGAGAUCCCCAUCAUAGAGUCAUUAAAAACCAAGGUGUAAAGGGGGAAAAUAACAAAUAGUGAAGAGAGGGGCCAGCCCGGUGGCUCAGGCGGU